AGCUGUGUUUUUGUUUAUCUUAGAACUAUUGUUUAAAGUUAAAAUUUGCUGAAGAUUGCAAAAUGUCGAGAACAAUUUUAACUGCGUUCCGCAACUUUCAAUGCAAUGUUAAGAAUGUCAAUAGAAUAACUUGCAGCAUUGCGAGUUUUCGACAGAGCUUUAAACCAAAUGAUUGGAAAUCUUCGUUGUUGUCCAAAAAUGAUCUAUUGAAGUCAUGCAACUAUCCACAAAUAUUGAGCAGGUCGAUGUUUAUACAAACUCAAGAUACUCCAAAUCCAGAUAGUUUGAAAUUUAUGCCAGGGGUAGAUGUGUUGGGCAAAGGCAAUACAUAUGAUUUUCCCUCAGUCUCCGCUGCGCAUUGCAGUCCUUUAGCGAAACUGUUAUUUCGCAUUGAAGGCGUACGUUCGGUUUUCUUUGGUGCAGACUUUAUAACUAUUUCCAAAAAUGAAGACGCCGAAUGGGGUAUUAUAAAAGCCGAGGUAUUUGCUAUUAUUAUGGAUUUCUUUGCUAGUGGUUUACCCAUUUUGAAUGAAGCGACACCGAAUUCCGAUACGCAAAUCAAUGAAGAUGACGAUGAGAUUGUUAUGAUGAUUAAGGAACUCUUAGAUAGCCGCAUACGGCCUACAGUGCAAGAGGAUGGCGGCGAUAUUAUAUUUAUGGGCUAUGAGGAGGGUGUGGUAAAGCUGAAAAUGCAAGGUUCCUGUUCUUCAUGUCCCAGUUCAAUAGUUACAUUGAAAAAUGGUGUACAAAAUAUGUUACAAUUUUACAUACCGGAGGUUCAAGCAGUAGAGCAAGUUUACGACGAGGUCGACAAAGUAGUUUUGUCAGAAUUUAACAAGUUGGAAAGGAAUAUGAAAUUAAAAGAACAAGCGACGGUAAAUGAAGCAGCACCGCCAAAUAUUGAAGAGAAGAAAUCCUAAUUGAAUCUAAUUGGUUUUUGUUAAAAACUUUGUAUAAUUUGUCUUGUUUCAUAUAAUUUAAAUAAUAUUUAUUUUGCGAUUGCGAUCUCUCUCAAAUUAUCUAAAACCUUAGGUAACGUCCCUGUUGCUAGUUAUUUUAAUAAAUAAUGACGUUCUAAAGUGAAA